UAGUUAGUUAAGUAAAUCCCUGGCAUUGUCGUAACUGCUGCUGCACCCUUUUUGAUAAUUUUCCGGUGUUUAAACACACUACAUUGUGCAUAAAGAGUGUUUUUCUCUAACUCGUGUGUUUUGAUUUUUUGUUCUUUUUCGAUUUUCAUCGUUUGCAUUUAGCCAUUUCACUCUCGGCCAAAAGUGUGAUACGAUUUAAAUGUGCAGUUGGCAAUUCAUUUGAAAAAAUUAAAAAAAAAAACGUUGCCGACAAAAGACAAAAGAAACAAUCAACUAACAGUUAUUCAUUUGGACUAAUUAAAACUAAAAGUGUGUGCAGUGUACUUGAUCUGGAUGGUAUAAAGAGAUCAGUUUAAUUAAUUGAUAUAAAAUAGUGCAUUUAUUCUAAAAACAAAACAAAAGAAAGGAAAAAAAAACAAAACCAAAACUUGUGAUGGCGUGGGGCUAUUGGAGUGCAACAGCAGUGGAUCGGGGACGAUCACCGCGACGUAAUACACAAUGCACGGUAAUGCCAAUCAACACAGUUCCACAAAGUGAACCACCUGCACCAUCAUGCUAUAGCCCGUGCCGGAGUAGCCGCUGCAGCAGCCCAUCGUGUCAAGCUCAAUGUCAAGAUAGCCAAUGUCAUUGUAUUGAAGAUUCGCCACCGCCACAUUCAGCAUUAUCACAGAAAUCAUGUCCGAUUGAUGGUGGCAAUGGAAACGGCGGCCCCGGUUCCAUUAUAAACGAUGAAUAUUCGAGGCGACCGUCAAUUGAUCGAUUGGAUAGUCCGCAGGUGUUACCAGAGGCUACAAUCAAUCUAAACGGAAAAAAGUCGUAUGAUUUUGACAUACAGGCGAAUCAAUUAUCGGAUAUAUUAUGUCGCGGUGCGACCGUUUCAAGUGUCCAAUCCACAAAUAAUACAUUGACACGGAAUUCAACGUUACGCGAUACCGGCGAUUAUGAUGUACCACAUCCGCAUCCGUAUACACAUCAUUAUAUGACAACAUCGACAUCGGCAACGCCGCAAGCAAUGAGCAUCGUCGGAUCCAGUCCACAAGGAACAAACUGUUCUGGAGAUGACUAUUGGCUACAAAGCUCAGGCCCACGAGUUUGUUUCUCUGAAGAAAUCAUGAGCUUUUCGCAGCAAACAAUGGCAACCAACUAUCCGAACAAACAAAAUCACAACAAUUUGCCUUACACAACAUCAGGAUCGGCAUCAGGUUCGGGAUCGAGUCCCGGCAUUAGCGCCGGUAGCGGUAGCAUCGUCGGUAUGGACAGCAUGAUAUGUACAGGAAGAGGCGGCUAUAACGAUAAUAUGCCAAUUAAUUAUUUGGAAGCGUGCAUGCACUACGAACGACCCAUACCAAUCGUACCGCCGCCGCCACAAAUGCACUCCGAAGACGAAAUUGAACCAGCUUAUGCCACAGUAUUCCCAAAUGUGCCAUCAGCACCUGGAAUGUCUUGUGUCGGCGAAGAUCGGAGCAUAUAUCGAAGAGGCGCUCGACGAUGGCGAAAAUUGUACAGAGUUAACGGUCACAUUUUCCAAGCGAAGCGUUUUAAUCGCCGUGCGUUCUGUGCAUAUUGCCACGAUCGCAUUUGGGGAUUAGGACGACAAGGCUUCAAAUGUACGCAAUGUAAAUUACUUGUUCAUAAAAAGUGCCACAAAUUAGGAUCAAAAUCGUGUACCAAGGAGCAAGUGGAACCAAUUCUAAACGAACGUGACAGCCAUAAUGGCGUUAGCAACGAUCAUCAAGCAAUGGAUAAUGUUCCACAAGCCGCCGAUUAUCCACCAGAGAUUCCUGAUCAUGGCGAUGUUGGUGCUAUUGAGGCAGCGCCUGCUGUUCAAGAGCCAUUAGAAGUGAGUCCGCAACGGCAAUAUUCAUUGGACGAUUUUGAAUUGAUUCGUGUGAUCGGACGCGGCAGCUAUGCCAAGGUGUUGAUGGUUGAACUGAAACGUACCAAACGCAUCUAUGCAAUGAAAGUGAUCAAAAAAGCGCUGGUCACCGAUGAUGAGGACAUCGAUUGGGUGCAAACGGAAAAGCAUGUUUUCGAAACGGCAUCGAAUCAUCCAUUUUUAGUUGGCUUACAUUCGUGUUUCCAAACACCAUCGCGUCUAUUUUUCGUCAUUGAAUUUGUACGUGGCGGUGAUUUAAUGUUCCAUAUGCAACGUCAACGUCGUCUCCCCGAGGAACAUGCACGCUUCUAUGCGGCCGAAAUUAGUUUAGCGUUGAACUUCUUGCAUGAAAAAGGGAUCAUUUAUCGAGAUUUGAAAUUAGAUAACGUUCUUCUGGAUCACGAAGGUCAUAUUAAACUAACCGAUUACGGUAUGUGUAAAGAAGGCAUUCGUCCAGGUGAUACAACAUCCACUUUCUGUGGCACACCAAACUAUAUUGCUCCAGAAAUUUUACGCGGCGAAGAUUACGGUUUUUCGGUUGAUUGGUGGGCGUUAGGCGUGCUAUUGUAUGAAAUGUUAGCUGGACGCAGUCCAUUCGAUAUUGCUGGUGCAUCUGAUAAUCCAGAUCAGAACACCGAGGAUUAUCUCUUCCAAGUGAUUCUAGAGAAGACUAUUCGUAUUCCACGUUCACUUAGUGUCAAAGCGGCAACUGUACUUAAAGCGUUCCUUGAAAAGCGACCACUCGAACGGUUGGGCUGCAGUCGAGAGAAUGCAUUCAUGGACAUUGUCAAUCAUCCAUUCUUCAAGUCGAUCGAUUGGGAAUCGCUUGCUCAAAAGGAAAUCACACCACCUUUUAUACCGACAUUCGAUCCGGACGAUUCGGAUCUUACUUCAAAUUUUGAUCCUCAAUUUACACGAGAGCCGGCUGAUUUAACGCCUGACGAUCCCCAUGUCAUCGAACGCAUCGAUCAAAGCGAAUUCGAAGGUUUCGAGUAUGUGAAUCCAUUGUUAAUGUCAUUGGAGGAUUGCGUCUGACAUCAGCCAUCGUGCCAAUUGCAUUCAUGUAAUAUGCAGUCAACUGUUCCAUACAGCAACCACAAGCGUGUCAACGAUCAAAGAAGAAAAGUGUUUUGAUUUAUUAUUAUCGUAUGUCUUUAGUUUUCAUUGUCAACAUUCCAACGUUCAUCCGGACGCCGAUUCUUCCCCAACACUCACAAAUUCAAUCUUUAUUCAUUUUUUUUUCUUCCUUUGGGAUACAUUUAUUUAUUUACUUAGAGCAACCACAACAAAGGAAAAUCAAGUAUUUUUAUGAGUAUUAUUUUUCAUCAUUGAUUGUACGCCAUUUAAAUCUCUUUUUUUUUCUCUCUCUCUGAUUAUUUGCAAUUCUGCCAUGUUUUUAGUUUCGUUGCCAAAAAAAAGAUACGUUAGAUUUCAUUCAGUUGAUUUUUCUUUCCUUUCUUCUUUCAAUUGAGUUUAAUAUUAGUUUCUUUUUUGUCAAUUCAACGAAUAAAAUAUACACACAAACACACACAAAUUAUAAACACAAUACAAAAAAAAACAAAAAAAACCUUAAACUUAAUAAAAAAAAAACGAUUUCGAACAAAUAUCACGAUGAAGCUAUACGGAGAUGGGUCAAGCGAUUAUUAUGAUUCAGUUGCUGAUGACGAGACUUUAAUGCAGAUACCUCCGCCACCAUCCAAAAGUAUACUUCAGCACAUGUUUUGCCUUCCAAUGAAUUACAAAACGUAAACAACAAACUACUAUAACUAACCAUUUAACAACAACAACAACAACAACCAGACACACACACACAAACCCGUUAAUGAGCAACAUGAAACAAAGAAAUGGAAUGAAACACGCGAUCAGGAUGAUGUAAUGAAUAAAGGAUACAGAGAAUGCAGAAUCCAUAGAGAAAAUUAAGAAGAAAGAAAGGGGAAAAAAGAACGGGAUUAUGUCGAUUAUGAUAACGAAAAAAAAGACAAAAAAAAAAUUGAAUCACAAAGUAACUAAAAAAAAAUUGUAGGUAAAAAAACAUAGAGAUAUAAAUUAUUAUUAACAUUAUUAUUACAAUUUACAAGGCAAGAAUAGAAGAGGACGAAGAGAAAAUAAAGUCUAAAAUCAAAGUUGAAUGUGGCUGCAGCAAAGGAGCAAAUUUACAGAAACAAAAAUUUACAUUUAAAAAAAAAGAAAGCAUGAAAGAAUAAAGAAAAAAAAAAGAGCGAGAUGAAAGAGAUGAACAAGAACAAAAAUGUUAAGCCGACAAUUCGAUAUGUACUAUUAAACUAGAUGCAUAUAAUAUAAAUAUAUAACAUUGUUAAAUGCACGUUAUAA